GUAGGAGCUAACAGGAUGCUGUCAGGCCGAGGAGACGCAGCGCCCUAACGGACCGUUACCGACGCAGCAUCCUUUGUUACCGGGGCAGAGAUGAAGCUGUGAGGACCACUGAUAACCUGCAGCCUCUGGAGGAGAAGGGGGAGGUGACCAGAUCAAGCAGCAAAAGUCUGGAGAACAUUAACAAGAGAUAAUAAGCUCGGGGUCAACACCAAGUCCAGCCAAUAGGACGGCUCCAAACUGAUGGUGUGCUGAGCUGAGCUGAGAUCUGUAGCGAGGGUGGACAGGCUCUCCUUUCCCACCGUCCUCUGAAGCACUCGUCCACACCACUGACUCCCUCUCCUCCUCUCUGCCCCUGCUCUCUGUACUCUUGUUUUCUCUCCUCCUAUUGGCCGAUCUGUCCUCUCUCUCUGCUCUCUUUCUCUCUCCUCCUAUUGGCUGAUCUGCCCAUCAUGGUGGAUGAUCCGGUCAUCUGAACCUAAGCCCCCGGCCCCCUGAGACUUCUCCAGGCUGACUCUCUAACAGUGACCAUCCUCCCCAGGCGAUGCUCUAGUUCAUGUGAACACAGCCCUCCACAGCCUCCCCUCCCAGAGUCUCUCUACCGGGUCCCUCAGGCCAUGCAGAGGGCCGGGGGCCUCGUCUCUUUCUAGACUGUUCCCUUCUUCAUCUGGUGUCUUCAUGUUUUGGGGGUCCCCUGCUGCCCCCGCCCUGCGUCAGCCCCCCAGCACCCGCCGCCACCACGGCCGACCACCCCAGUCGCCUCGUUGCCAUGCCGACAGAGACACUGGCCCCAGCCCUGCCAGAUAGCAAGGCCGCCGGCCCCGCCACACCGUUCAGUUCUGCUGUACCGCUCCGCAUCCUGAAUAAAGGCCCCGACUACUUCAGGAGACAGGUGGAACCAAACCCGAAGCGCCUCAGUGCCGUGGAGCGACUUGAAGCUGACAAAGCCAAGUAUGUUAAGAGUCAGGAAGUUAUCAACGCCAAGCAGGAGCCAAUCAAACCCCCGGUGCUGGCGAAGCCUCUUGCUGGUCACCCCCUUCUUAAGAGAGGCUCUGGAAUUAGUGGAGGAGGACAUGGAGGCGGGCUUCCUUUCAAAGCGUCCAAUAACAAUGCCAAGUCGGACACGUGUGCGACGAGCAGUGGCAGCAAACGGGAGAACUUAAACCUGGAGAUCUUAAAGAACCUGCUCAACUCCUCCUCGUCUUCAGGGGCCAGAUCUGAAGGACUCGUGGGCGGAGCAAAAAGUGCAGUGCUGAUGAGGUCAUCAGGUGGAAUCACCAGGAGUUGGACGCCAUCAGGGAUGCCGCUGACCUACCGAUCUACAAUGACGUUGAAUGAACAACCUCCUGACUUGGCGCCCAGUCCCAGCACCUCCCACUCUCUGCGCUCCUUCUCCCAUUCGCUGAAGGUUCCUCCGGCCAACGCCACGGGGCGUCGUAGUCCUCAGCAGGGUGGAAACCUGAACCUGAGCCGCCGAGCUCUGGACGAGAGGGGAGGCGGGGUGAUGGAGCGCUCCCGCUCCCCUCUGCCCCCCCUCCUGACCUCCCACUCGUCCUCAGACCUGCUCAGACUCUGUAAUGGGAAACCGCUCCGUACAGCGCGCUCCAGCAGCUCUUCAGCCCCACCCCUUCCUCCUAAACCCAACCCAGCUUCCCUCCCUCCUCCUGCCCUCUCUCUGUCCCUGCCCCCUCCCCGUCCGACCCCCUCCCCUUCACUCUGUGACAACUCCACUCCCCAGUCGCUACCGUGUGACUUCGUCGACCCCUCCCGCUCGUCUGCUGAGCCCGCCCUGGAGGUGGAGCUUGGUACAUCUGUGGCUCGCCGCUCCUCGCUGCACAGGUCCAAGUCAGACCUGUCAGACCGCUAUGCCCGGGCUGGCGCUGACGUGGAGCGCUUCUUUAACUACUGCGGCCUUGACCCCGAGGAGCUGGAGGCCGUUGGCCCAGAGAACUUCGCACGAGCCAACUCGGACAUCGUCAGCCUGAACUUCAGGUCCGCAUCCAUGAUCUCCUCUGACUGCGACCAGUCCAGGAGGUCGUCCAACGAAGGACUGUCAGACGCAGAUGAGGACGAGGAUGAGGAUGCCGGCGAGAGAGUUCCAUAUGGUAUCUCAGCAGUGGAGCGGAAUGCACGAGUCAUCAAAUGGCUCUACAGCAUCAAACAGGCCAGAGAGAGCCAGAAGGUGUCCCACGUCUAGGGCCCAGCAGGAGGAAAUUCUGAGACUGGAACUACUUAUGUGAUUAAAAUGUCCCAUGUUCAGAACAGAGGAUGGAGAAAAUUCUGAGACUGGAACCUAGACUGGAACUACCCAUGGGGUUAAUGACUAAUAGGGAGGCGGGGCUUAGUUUAAUGGAUGAAUGAGAGGACACAUCUGUAGAAAAUCUAGAAAAACAAGAGAAGAGACAGCUUUGUUUUAUACAAGGCUUUAAAGGAUGACAUCAUCAAAGGUAGAGACUGUUGGUGAAGCUGGGGAUGUUGUGGGCUUUUCUUUCUGUUUUAAGGAUUAUGAUCCUGAUUCUUUAAGAUUUAAAACAAAACCAGACUCAUGAACAAAGAGAACAGACUGGACAGGACUACCAGAGUCUAAGGACACCGUCUCCGUUAGCUGGAGCUAAAACAUGCACUAUGAAAGGAUGUCUGACAUCAUCACAGAGGGUCAUCAUGGGAGUAUUUCUAAGGCCUGGAUACCAAACCUAGAGAGGGAGAAAGCUCAGUAUUAGCGCAGUUAUUCUCUGUUAGAAAUGAUGGGAGGGUUGAUUGCUCACUGAAUAAGGAAGAGAAAAGAGAACGACCAGUGGUGAAGAAUAGUCCAUCUUUGAACCAGCCAUGAUUAAGAUAACCUGUGAACUUAAUAGAGCUCCUCAGUGUGGUCCUAGAAGUGAAAAUCCCAUUCAUUUUCUCUAUAGUAGAUUUGACAAUUAGCCAUAUUAUCAAAUAUAUUCAAAUAAGGCUGACCAUGAGCUACCUGAGAGUGAAACCAUGGAAUAUUCUCCUGUAGAAGACAGAGUUAAUAGUAUAUUUAUCUACUACAAUACCCAUAAUCCUAGAGUGUCACACCAAUGUCUCUGAUUGGUGUAGUCUCCAGUACUCAAACUAGGCAAUAUUAAGGCAGCAUAGUUACAUAAACUCUACAAUAAAGAUGAGCUUUGAUAAAAGGUACUGAUGUGGUUUAGAAGCUUGAAAAACUGUCCUGAACAAUGAACACAAUAAAUCACAAUGGACUGUGGGAUAUGUAGUUUCUUCAGGUUUUAGGUAAAUAUGUCCACAGUCUUUUAUCUUUGCCUUAUUGUUUUCAAACACCGUUUUUAUGUGAAACCAAAUGUUUCACAGUUCUGAGUAUGCAGGUAGCUGGUUAGCAUGUUUCAUGCAUUGAAAGUGUUGUGUUAGGAUGUAGAGAAACACCUAUGGGGGAUUAGAAUGGAGAAUUUUACUUCCAGAACCAGAGCUGCUGAAAAAGUGGGCCAGCACUGCUGAGCUCUGUAGCGGGGUGUCCAAACUUUUUCCACUGAGGGCCACAAACAGAAAUAUGUCCGGAUGUUGGGACAACUUUAGUAUGCACAAAGUGAGGCACGUGAAAGUUUGUAAAACCAAUACAAUACAGUUCAGUCAGGACCACUUUGUCAAGAAACACAUGAUUUUACGACUUUAUUCAGUUAUUAACUAGCUCGUAUUGCUGUUAUUUAUGUUUGGCGGUGUGGCUGUUCUGGGAUCCCCCUGCCAUCCCCCACAUGGAAAGCAUAAAGCAGAACCAGCACAUGUUCCUGCCUUUCCAGUGCUGAAAAGGAAAGCCUGAGGCAGGGACAGAAGCAGCUAAAACCCAGAGCAGAGCAGCUAUCACUGACAACAGAAUGACGUUGAUAAAGUCAGAUGCAGAAUAAAGAAGAAGCUGGGGAGGAGGAGGGUUGCAACAGCAGCUUUAGAGAUGAUGGCAGAGCACGGCCAGGCAAGAGCAGCUUAAAUAAGGCAGCAUGAGAGUGAUUAGCCAAUAGUGUGCUUGGAGCAAAUCAGCUGGCCAUCAGCUGAUUAGGGCUUGUGUGAGAUCCGCAGAUCUAAUUUUGACAGCUCCAGAACUAAUGCUACAUGCUUGAUUUAAUGGCUGACAAGGAAAUUAGACAAUCAUUCCCAGGUAUUUGGGGAUGUCAGUCCGUUUUCAGGGGGUCCUAUUUGGCCCUAGCUACCACUGGCUCCGCCCCCUGGAAUAUUAUUGAUACUGCAAUUUGCUGCCAAACCCAUCAGGGAGUCAGAAAACAAAAUUGUAUUUUUUUGGUUGGCAAUGUGUUUCUCAUUUACAGUGUUGUCUCAAUUUAGUCAGAAAAUCACAUCAAUAAAAUAUUUCUGUCAACAUGUUUGUUUACAGAAUUAGCAUGGUAGUGCCACCUUGUGCUGGAACUAUGAAGUACAGUACAGUCAGGCACAAGCUUCAGGUGGAAAUGUGGGCCAUAUUCAAUUUUAUUUCUAGAAUUUGCAGCGGGCCAAUCAAAAUUGGACCAUGGGCCACAUUUGGCCCCCAGGCUAUAGUUUGGACACCCCUGCUCUAUAGAGAUGAAGACUCUGUAUUUUAUACAGAAUGUUUUAUCUGCUUUCCAGUCUCAUAUUUAACGAUUUCACUGGUUUGUCAGAACAGACGAGUGCUUCCAGGGAAACAUUAGCUCAAAGAACAUCAGCGCUGAGCAUCAGAUUAAACCAGAGUAUGGAACCUUUGACAGAUAGAGAACACAGAGACCUCCAACUGUGGUUUAAGUUUUCCUUCUCAUCUGAUCAGAUCAGAGCUGAGAGAGCUUCAAACCUUGCAGAGUAGACACAGGAAUCCACUCAGUGGGGAUCGGCAGACUAAAAGUUAAGUGGCAGACUUAACGAGCUGGAAGACGGUUAAUUAUGAUGCUUUCAGGAAACCUCAGUAAUUUAAAUGAACCUACCUGUGAAGAAGAGGAAUGAGUUUAAGGGAUAUAAAAUAGAUUUAACAGAAACUUGUGGUGGUGGUAUUGAUAAGGACUCACAUUAAUAAGGAGUAUCAAUGAAAAUAAACAAUCUCCAUCCCUAGAGGUCAACACUAAAACCAAGCCCGUAGAUGGAUUAAGGAACAGAAAGACCUCCUCCUGUUCUUCCCACCCUUCAGACCAUCACCACAAGAACGAGGACAUGGCGUCUACUGGGAGCUAGCUGGACCAGUCAGACUAAAGCACUGGAACCAUGUCAGCCGGGGUCUCCAGUCUCAGAGGUGCUGAAACUCUGUCAGUAUCCCAUAGCUGGAGCAGCUCAAGUACCAAGCGGAUUUUUAUUUUGAGAAGAGAAAAAGAAGAACUGAGCGGUUUACCAAUAAGCUGUUAGAAAUAGAAGAACAGAACGGUUUCUGGGUUUGUUCUCCAGAUAAACAUGAUUAAAUAGUCUUAAACAGCUACUACAGUGAGAGGGCAUGUGAUUCUUAGGAUGCAUUUUUUAGUACAACACCUGCACCAGGUCAUACAAACAGGAAAUUAAAUAAUAUUACAGCCACAGUGAUCAGUUUAAUGAUUAUCAGGUUUUUUUGUUCUGAACAUGAAAACACUAAAUUAAAAAAAACCCACUUUAAAUCAUUUUCAUUCAGAAAACAAAAAAUAGAAAAUAUCCAGAAAUGCUUUUUUUUUUUUUUAAUUGUUAUUAUUAUUAUAGGGGGGAAACUGCCUGGAAGUCACUUUAAUAAAAGCACAAAAACAUGAUGAAAGCAAGUUCAGUAUAGCCUCAUAAAUAAGGAUGACACUGAUUUAGUCUAGGAGGGGUCAGUGAAGGCACAGCUGGAUCAUUCAGAAUACAAUGAUGAGUUAGGGUCUUUGGACUGGUUUUACACCUCAGGGCUCUCUGGUAUCAGGACCUGAAGGAGUAAGGCAUAAAGAGGGCCAUCAGUGACCCUUCUUUUAGUUUUUAAUGAUGAUUUUACUUCAUUUCAAAGUAAAAAACUGUCAGCUGAGAACAUCCCACUACAGGAACCCUGAUCCUGAACAGUUCUACAGGAUCUGAUGUUAUUAAAGAUACCAGACAGGAUGAGGGGUAUCCACAUCCAGACUACAGAUCCAUGAGUGGUUCAGGUCUGGACUGUAGAUCCAUGAGCGCUACAGGUCUGGACUAGAGAUCCAUGAGCAGUUCAGGUCUGGACUAUAGAUCCAUGAGCAUUUCAGGUCUGGACUAGAGAUCCACAAGUGGAUCAGGUCUUUCUCAAACAACAUUAACAUGACUUUCCCAUCUCUAAUUGGUCGAGGAGAUCCGUCACAACAGCAGAACUUUGACCUUCGACACUAGAUCAGAUCUGAUGGUAACAGGAAAUGACCUUCAUGACACCUGACCCUGGUCCAGUUUGGUGGUUUUGUUAUCUGCACAGUAAAAAGGAUCACUGAACAUUUGCAACCUUCAGGAUCCGGCAUGUUUCCGAUGUCUUUGUUUGAUGUAGACAUUCUAUAACAGUAUUUUUUAGUAAUUGAAGACGAAGUUGUUCAUCCUUACAGUCUUUACUAGGCUUUAGAAGGAUGGUGUCAUCUUUGCCUUUUCCUUCCAGACCAGUCUAGACCCGUAGUUGUCUUUCCAGUCCAACCAGUACCAGUUAGGGUCACUUGCUAAAUAAGUAAAUCAGCAUAUCCUUGAAAAUGAAUGACCAUCUGAGGGAGAAAACCUGUUAAAGAGGCCCAGCUAUCCUCUUAGCUGGUGGCUAAUUGGCCCUCAUUCAUUCUUAAAAACAUGUAGAGAUACCAAACCACAGAGAUGAUGGAUGGGCUGUUGAUUUAAAUGUGGACUGUCCUGGUAUCUGAAUGGCUAAAGCUAAUCUUUAAUUCUAAAUGUAAACACUGAGACAGUCUUUAAUGAAUUUUAGAGUCUCCAAAUCUUCAUUUUCUCCUUCUAACAGAGAACAUGUGGUCUGUGAGGACGGUCUGAACCACAGUGAUGAUGUCUGACUCUGACUAAGGACUCUCUCUGAACUCCAUCUGUCAAAGAUCCCUCUGAGACUCUGGUCCAUCAGUGAAGUAGACUCCAUGUUUGAUGAUCAGGUCUGACCACAUGGCUGGGAUUCUGAGCUAUUAAAAAGCCUUUGGAUGUGUGACUGGGGGACCAGGAAUAAAACACUCAUUAUAGAAAUCAUUAUCUCUACUGUACUGCUGUGUAAACAUGCUGAACUCAUUUAACUGCUGAAAUACAUUCUUGUCGAACAACUAAUCAUUUGCCUGGAGAGAGUUCUGGUGUCCUGUGAUUGGAUAGAGGCCACAUCACACUCUGAUCCGGCCUAUAAGAACCAGGCAUUUGCCUGGAGAGAGUUCUGGUGUCCUGUGAUUGGAUAGAGGCCACAUCACACUCUGAUCCGGGCUAAAAGAACCAGGUUUUAUGCUGGUUUUAUAUCUAAAAAGUUAGCCUCACUCUUCAUUCUGCUGUGAUAGAGAUAUCCUUGUGUAAUACAGACAUCAUGUGUUAUUUUGUUGAUUGAGCACCCCCUGGUGGCAGAAUCUACAUGCUGUAAAUGAGGUUUGAUUAACCCUCUAGUGUCACUCUGGACAUUUAUGUCUAUGAUGGUGAGCUUUCUCUUUGACUCCCAGAUCAUUUUGUCUGUGUCGCUGUGUUUUUUUUUUGUUUUUGUUUUUGUUUUUGUUUUUGUUUUUUUGUUUGUUUGGUUGGUUUUUUUCUUGAUACAUUUUGAAAUGCCAAUUUCAUUUUCAAACAGACUUGUCUAAAACUUGUACAUCCUUUAAGUCCAUUCUGGACAAAGAUGUCCAUUGUGAACUUUUUUAAAAUCUUAGAAGAACCCUGGAAAUGGCUAGUUUAACUGGUGCUUUUACAAAAAAAAUUCACCAUGGCAGGCUUUCUGUUGACUUUGCAAUAUGAGUCCAAGAAGCUUUUUUGCUAUUCUUCUCAGUUCCUCAAAGUGAACUUUUCCACCAAAUUUCAUGGCUGUACAAGUAUGUUAGUAUAUGAAAUAAAAAGAUCAUAACCAAGCCUUUUCAUGAAGACUUUUGACCUUUAAAUAUCUGUGAUAUUAAUGUCUUGAAAAGGCCUGGGCAAAAGUGACUCCCUGUUGGGAAUUCACCAUGACGAUAAGAGACUUUUUUAUGCGUCUCAGGACGCUGUGCACAAAAUUUAAUUUCUCCAGGUGGAAAACAAUUUAGUGUUUUAUCUUUGACAUAUCCAUGACUUUGGUUGAAAAAAAUCCCCCAGCCACCUAACAUUUGUCUUUUUUUUUAGAAGAAAUCUAAUUUUUCUGAUUUUUUUUAUUACUACAUCAACAGUGACUUUUUAUAUUCUGACAUCUAAAGGGUUAAAAUCAUGAUAAUCACUUAGUAUUUGGUAGUUUUGAUCAGGACUAAAGUUGAUUAAGAGGACUUAAAUAAUCAGGGAUUUUUAUAUAUAUAUAUAUAUAUAUAUAUAUAUUAACAUAACAUAAAACAUGGCAGACUGGAAAAAUGAGAGGAAUAAAAUAUAAUAAACCCAAGACAAUCUAACAUAAUACACAAUACAAUCUCCAGUAAUAUUACAGGACAUCAAAUCUCUGCUCCUUGACUGUGAACCAAGGUCUAACUAUGGUGCAACAGUGGUUAGACCAUGGUCUAACCACCAUCUUACCAUGGUCUUACCAACGUGCAACCAUGGUCUAACCCAGACUGUGGUUAGACCACGAUUAGACUGGUUGGACACUGGUUAGACCAUUAGACUGUGGUUAGACACUGGUUAAACCAUGAUUAGACUCUGGUUAGACAUUGGUUGGACCAUGAUUAGACUGUGGUUAGACCGUCUUACUACCGUCUAACCAUGAUUAGACUGUGGUAAGAUACUGGUUAGACCAUGAUUAGACUGUGGUUAGGCACUGGUUGGACUAUGAUGAGACUGUGGUUAGACACUGGUAAGACCAUGAUAAGACUGUGGUUAGGCACUGGUAGGACCAUGAUUAAACUUUGGUUAGGCACUGGUUGGACCAUGAUUAGACUGUGGUUAGAUCGUCUUACUACCAUCUAACCAUGAUUAGACUGUGGUUAGAUCGUCUUACUACCAUCUAACCAUGAUUAGACUGUGGUUAGAUCGUCUUACUACCAUCUUACCAUGAAUCGACUGUGGUUAGAUCGUCUUACUUCCAUCUAACCAUGAUUAGACUGUGGUUAGACCGUCUUACUACCAUCUAACCAUGAUUAGACUAUGGUUAGACCAUCUUACUACCGUCUAACCAUGAAAAGACUGUGGUUAGAUCGUCUUACUACCAUCUAACCAUGAUUAGACUAUGGUUAGACCAUCUUACUACCGUCUAACCAUGAAAAGACUGUGGUUAGAUCGUCUUACUACCAUCUAACCAUGAUUAGACUAUGGUUAGACCAUCUUACUACCGUCCAACCAUGAUUAGACUGUGGUUAGACCGUCUUACUACCGUCUAACCAUAAUUAAACUGUGGUUAGAUUGUCUUACUUCCGUCUAACCAUGAAUAGACUGUGGUUAGAUUGUCUUACUUUCGUCUAACCAUGAAUACACUGUGGUUAGAUUGUCUUACUUUCGUCUAACCACGGUAAAACUGCAGUUAGACCACUGUUAGACCAUUGUUUAUGAAUCCUUUGUCAAGAUCUCUAAAUGUUCACUGAUAGCAAUACUCUGUUGACUUAAUCAGGUUUUCAAAGGCACUUUGAGGUUGUUGGAGGUGUUUUAAAUAUCAGAGCCACUCCUGAGGCCCCUUAGGACUUUAAGACCUUUCUCUUUGCUUGUUGUGUAAACAGUAGCCUCCAUCGAGAGAGGCUCAAGGGAUGCUUCGUUGGUGUCGUCUCUCUUUCACUUCCUGUGUCCUCUUGAUCUUCAGCCCUGUCUGUUUCUUUAUUAAGAAGUUGGAGGUAUUAUGGAGUUCACCUCCAUCUAUCCCUGUAUUAUCUGUCUGCCCGUUGCUGAUGUGUGUCUCUCCUUGAAGCCAUAAGGAUGUGUAUGCAGCGCCUCCAUCAGUCUACCUUUGGUUAAGUUCAGACCUGCUGGGUUCACUUCUCUUUGCAGUCACUCUGUUGGCCCCAGCUGUUGGGAGAUCUCAAACCUGAAUUUAAUAACUCAACUUAGAAGAAUAAGACUGUUGGUCAGUUUGGAGUACAAAUAUCACUGGACCCUUAAACUCCACAUCUACCACUGACAUGACUGAUAAUCAACCCUGCUGGAGAAAAUCACCGUCGUUGAAGGUUUCCAUGAAAGACGGAGUGGACAUGGAGUGAACCCAGCAGGGAGGCCCUCUGUUUCCCCUCACUCUAAGCUCAGACGGAGCAGAACGUCCCAGUCUGAUACCCAGAUCUGAUCCCCAUUAGGAUCCCCGCUGCUUCUCAAAGACAGUCCGGUUCAGAUUGGCAGCUUCAUCACGCUUCAGUUUGACUUGGUCUUCAUGUUUGCGUGCUUUUUGAAAACUUUGGAUUGACAUAGAGUUCUUUGUGCUUUGCUUUAUUUUUUUUUUGCUUCAUGUAAAUGCUUAAAGAAAAGUGUAUAUAUAUAUUUGAUUUUCUAAAGAAGUGUUGGAUUUGAGUUCUUCUCUGUCGAAGGUUUGUGUGUUCUCAAAGAAAAAAAAACCUGCUGAUGUGUUCUGCCCUCGCCACUCGAUGGUCCGUUCAGAUGGGGUGAGGUUUAUCGCAGAGACUAAGUGUUGACUGUUUUUUGACGUGGAAACUGUUAAAUUUGCUUGAUUGGAAAAGAUACAUGUCCAUGUUUACUUUCUUUUUAUUAUUUCAA